CAGGAGCGGGCGGGCGUCGCGCCGCGGGGGCCGCAGACGUGGCGGCCGGGAAGGGCCCGGUGGGGCCGGGGCCGCCGCUCGCUGUUGGGCGCACUGGAACCCCGGUGAGCCCGCGCCCGCCGCUCCAGGGGCGCCGCCGCCUGCCCGCGCUCCCGGUGCAGCCCGAGCGGCGCCCCCAGCCCUGCUGCCCGCCGGCCUUCCUGCGGCUUGCCGGAGGAAGAGGCACGGUAGUCAGCAAAACGUCUCCGGUCUCAGCCUGCCGUCUGGCCCGGUAAACCCGGAGGUGCCACCUUGUGCUCUCGUUUCAGCCGGUUGUCACGUACCGUUUAAGACCUCGCUUAAAUCUAGCCAAGCUCUGUUCGUGGGCUGUAGGAGACUGUACAUAAAGUGUGGACGUGUUCUCCGUGCGUGCUUACCCCCGUGCCUGGAUAUGCGGGGUUUGUCCACACCAGGGGGGUCGGGGUGGAAGUUUGCAGGCGAGGUGGCUCCUGUUCCAGAUUCACUCAAUGCCAGCGUUGCAGCUGCAGAGGUCGUAGUUGCAACAGGCAACGGCCACGAAUGCAGAAAUCGGGGCAGAGUGUUUUCUCAUAGAACCGAACACGCUUGGAGCCCUUAUAUAGCAAGAGAAUAGGCUAUUGAGAGCAAGAGAAAUGGAAGGUGUCGCAUAUAACCCCACUGAAGUCACAUGUGGCAGCUUCAGCGAGCUAGCACGAAUACAGAUUGGGUUUGGGCAGCAAAAUAUUAUCAGAAGUGUACUGAUAAUUCCUGGGGCUUAAGGGUAGGGUUUAUAUUUUAACUCUGUGAAGGGUGUACUGGCUCUUCCCCGAGGCAGUGCUGUUGGAGAUGGCUCGUUUGAAGACACGAGAUACUGGUUUGUUGGUUUGCGUGUAACAUUCACUCUUGUGCUUAAGUACUAAAAACUUUCGUAUAAUUGCUCUUUCAUUUUCUUAAAUACCUUCUGUUAUUCAUUGCAUUUUAAUAAAGACUUGAGUUUCUUUGCAUAUAUUUUCAAUAAAAUUGAUUUAUAUGCUUAGACCAUCUGCCUAAAAAAGAUAAAGGUAUUCUGAUUUUCCAGCGAGCACCUUAUCAAACAGUUUAAAAGCGUAGCAGCAAUGUACUGUUUCAGUGAUACCCACAUUAACUGCCUGUGCACCUUAUGUUGCCUUUUCUUCCUUCUCAUUGCGUUCACGUUGUGUUACCCUAGUCAAGUCAUCACAUGAGUGUAGAUCCCUUGGCAUGUGCCUUUGCCUGGACUAUCAAGCACCAAAGAAUCUCCGGCAAGGUAAAGGUGGUCUUAAUGGAGAGGGUGCUGAAACAGGAAUUCAGGAGUUUUUUCCUGCACCUGAUAAUCAAAAUCAAAACUUGCAUUGUGAGAAGUCGGUGCACGCAAGUUCUUGGUGGAGGUGGCACAAGUUCAGUCAGUUACAUGGGUUUGUAGGGAUGGAGUGGAUCUUUCAUACGUACAGUAUUCAAGGGAAACUGUUAGUCUGUAGUUAUCCUAUAGAGGUUGCUUACAGCCCUCUGGAAAUCUCAGUUGUGGAGAUUCAGGUUUUUUCCCACAGAAGAGGCAAAGGAACGUCCCUGCGAGGACUGCCUUUCAAGAGCGCAGGGAUAGCCAUUUUCUUGUUUUCGACUUUGUAAGGACCGCAGUUGCCAUGUCUGCAAAUCUUUUGUAAUGAUAUUUCAGGUUUUGACCGAUCUGGCAGAAGAUGAGGCUGUCGUUCUGUGGGUUUAUUGGAAAUUUGCGGUUCGAAUCUCCAGUCAGGCUUCAAAGCCUUAAUUCCUUCAGGCACGGCAAGGAGGGGAGCUCAGCCUCCCACCCCCAGGAGCUGAGUGGCACCUCUACCUGGCCAAUCAGCUGCUGUGUAGUGAUUGGGGGCGGGGAGGGGGGCGGCAGUGUUUGCGGGUUUUUCUUUUAAAAGAAGUCACAGUGUGUAGUUACUAAUGAUUUGUGACGUUUAUUGAAUCCAUUGUGAUUAUUUGUUCACCCAUGGGAAAACCGGGUUCACACUUUGGCAGUCAGUGAGUUCCAUGAGCCAGUAAUUUAAAUGGGUGUCCCAGGCUGUCGUUUGAAUUGGGAAUGUUUUUGUGAUAUAACAUGAGAAUUUUGCAUAGUGCUUAACCUUGUCUUAAACUCGAUUCAAAAUCAAAUUUUGCUUUUCAUAGAAAACUCAAAGCAUUUUAUGUUUCCAGAUAUGAAGAAAAAUAAAAACUUCAUGCGAACUCCACAAAAGAGAAGUAGUUUUUCUGCACAGGCUGUGCUGGUUUCCGUUUAUUUUAAAUUUGCAUCUGGGCAAACAAUGGAUUUGGGAUAUGCGCUAAUCUCAGUCUCCACUGAAAUUCUCACUGGUUAAGAAAAGCAAGGUCACCAAAGAGUACAAAUAAAUCUACUAUGUGAGAGUUGGAGUAACAUUUGUCAAUAUACUCAAUGUUUAGUAGAGAAAAUUAGAUUUUGGCUUAAGCAACUCCCGUUAUUUUUUGUCCUUUAUUACUUCUCAUCUCCUGCCUUUCUCAUGUCUGAUGUGUUUGACCUUCUUUCCAGACCUUCCAACUGUGAGCAUUCUUAGUGCUGAAGAAUACUGGAGGGAAUACAGCAUCUGUACAGGACAGCCAUUUUGAGCUACAUGCUCAUGAGCUGUUGUUUUCCUCCAGAGGGAUCUCUGAAUGCAUUACACAGGUCCAGCACUACAUUUGCAACUGCAUUUUGUCUCUUUUCUAUACCCUUUUCAAUACUUGUUGGAAGAAAAUGUAAUCUAAACUCAGGAACCAACAAAGUUACCAUCAUAUGCUAAUAGUAAAAAAAAUUAGUUGAUUUGUUUUCAUGAACUCGGCUGCUUCUUAACGAAAUGACUGAGUUUAUACAGGCUAGAUCCACUGUCACGGUAGUAACAAUGCCUCAUGCACCUUUUGUCUUCUUUUUCUCCCACUUAUUUUACUCCUGUUCCAUGUAUUGUGCCUUAAAUCAAGAUGAUCUUAGAUGUUUUUUAAGAUGUGGGGACAGCAAGGCAGGAUUGUGAAUUUGUACCACAAGGAAAAUGCUAGGUGAGAAAAGCUGUGCUUGUGAAAAUCCUGCCUUCCUGGAGCCAUUCAGUGCAUUUUGCAUUUGCAUAUUAAAAGAAUCUGAAAUUAACAAUUUAUCUGAAGAAAAAGUGCAAGUAGCAGGUGGGACUGGGGUAGGUUUCUGGUAGGGUGUUUUUAAAUGUUUGAUGGUUUGUUUGGGCUGCCUGCUAGCACUGCUGAUACCCAGCUCUUACCCUCUUUAUUUGCUCUCUUUGGCAUUUCAGCUGUUUCUUCUCAAGUUUCUUGGAGUAUUUAAGCGACAUUAAUGGGCACUCUGGAAUACUCCUCCACCAUUUAGCUGCGCACUGGCAUCGUUUUUUUUUUUUCAGCUGAACUCUGCUGAAAAUGGGCUGGUGGCAGAAACGGGAACAGGAGUGCUACCCAAGGUCUCCUGCACAGACAAGGUUGUUUCUUGUCCUCAGACCCUCUAACGUCUACCGAUCUCAGCUUCAGUGAGGGAUCUGGGGGCCGGGCGCGUUAGCCUGCCAAAGCAAGAGCAAGGUAGUGCCCCCGGUACCAAGAUGGGCAGCAUCCUAACCUCCGUGCUUUCUAACUUCAUCAAAGUGGGAAGCUAGGUGCGGCUGGGUAGUGAGUCAGAUGUAAUAAAACUCUCCCAGCAGACUGUUACUAAGCGGUAACUUAAUUUCUUUGUUGCAGCACUGGGGAUAGCUCCACCGUAAGUGCUCCAAGAAUCUGGCAAACUUGCAAGAGGCUAGAUACCAUAAAGUUAUACAUAUACAUGAGAUUUCCUGGAACUCAUUAACAUAUGCAAGUGUCUGGUCCACACUCACAGUUGUCUCUCCUGGUGUCUCUCCUGGUGGUCUCUAAGCGGGCAUAGGGAUCUUCUAUUGCUGCCAUUCUUUUGUAACUUUCUUAUCUUUAUGGUCCUGCGCAUCUCUGUAAAGUGAGAUUAUCCAGGCAGCUCCCUAUCUCACAACCAUCCAGAGCCUCGCGAUCAGCUAACUACCUAGUGCUUAUGACAGUUUCCUUGUUCUGGAGGCCUUCUCGUAACCCCCCCACAACCAUCCUGGAGCCUCUUUUGUUCAGGUAAAUAUCUGUGGUGCUUACGACAUCUUCCUUGUUCUUGGGCCUUAACCCUUUCACCCCAGGAUCCCUCGCUUACUUGUGCAGGACCGAGCUGGGACUCGGUGCCUGCCCCUCUCCCCACCUCCCAUUCACUGUGAUCCCUGCCAGGAUUCACUCUGCCUGCAAGAAGUAGGCUACAGCUUAGCUUGGGUGUAGGGAGGGUGUUCAAUAAAUACAAUAAACUGUGAGGAAAAAGGAAGAAUGUCCCAUUCUUAUGUAAAUUAUUUUUGUCAGGAGACACAGGGGAUGCAGAUUAUGGAUGGACAAAAUGCAAAGGCUAAACCUGGCCACUGUAUUUUUAAAGUGUUUCUGUGAAGAGCUAUUGCACCUACUUUUACAUCGCCUUUUGAUCUGUGGUCUCCCUGACAAACCGCUGCGGUGCUGUUUGGCCUGACUGUCCACUCAGCUGUGGUCUUGCAUGUUCAGGACCCGCCUGCUCCCGUGCUGCGGCACUCCUGCAGACAAGGACUGCAGGGCUGUCCCUGCCUGUCCCCUGCUGACACCGCAGAGGCCAAGCUGCUGCUCCUGGGGAUGGAUGACUGGAUGGCAGGUCCCCCUGGGCAUCCUCUCCUCCAUGGUGCUGGCACCCUGUAAAGAUGUAGAUGACCAAGAGGUGUCUCCCCUUCUGGCCUGGGAUUAAAUCUCUGUCGCAGACUGGGACAUUUCACUGAGGAAAUGGAUACAUCUUCCCAAAAAUACCCAGUCAAAAAGCGAGUGAAAAUUCAUCCUAACACAGUAACCGUGAAAUAUACUUCUCAUUACCCCCAGCCAGGAGAAGAGGGAUAUGAGGAUGUUAAUGAAGAUACCGGAGGAUUUUUGGAGGAUAAUCCUAAGAAAAGACUACUGAAUGAUGGGAAGAAGAGAGAAAGGACCUUUUUUGGUACAAUAGAGACAAAGCUUCAGCCAGCACAACUGCCAAAACCUGAUGAGAUCAGGCAGUCCCAGCAUUUUCCUGAAGGAAACAUACUGCAGUCAAGGAAAACAUGGGUAGUCCUUUUUGGAUCUGCCGUGGCUCACGGAUGUGUGGCUCUAAUUACAAGACUAAUUUCUGAUCGUUCCAAAGUGCCAUCCCUAGAGUUAAUUUUCAUCCGUUCAGUCUUACAGGUGCUGUCCAUUACUGUUGUGUGUUACUACCAUGAGCCUCCCUUUGGCCCCAAAGGCUACAGACUCCGGCUCUUCUUCUAUGGAGUCUGCAACGUUAUCUCUAUUACCUGUGCUUAUACCUCCUUCUCUAUAGUUCCCCCCAGCAAUGGGACCAUUAUGUGGAGGGCUACCACUACAGUGUUCAGUGCCAUUUUGGCUUUUUUAAUCAUAGAUGAAGGAAUGGCUUACGUAGACAUAAUUACUGUAGUUGGCAGUGUGUUUGGUGUUUGUCUGGUCAUGAUCCCCAACAUUGCUAAGGAGGAAAACUCUUUGCUGAGCACCUGGAAGGAAGCUUUUGGCUAUACCAUGACCGUUAUGGCAGGUUUGACCACUGCUCUCUCCAUGAUAGUCUAUAGAUCAAUCAAAGAUAACAUCAGCAUGUGGACAGCACUGUUCACCUUUAGUUGGACAGGAACGGUGUGGGGAGCGUCCACUAUGUUCUUACUUCAAGAGCCAAUUGUCCCACUGGAUGGAGAGACCUGGAGCUAUCUCCUUGCCAUCUGCCUGUGCUCCACAGCAGCCUUCCUGGGAGUCUACUAUGCCCUGAGCAAGUUCCACCCCGCUUUGGUCAGCACCAUACAGCACCUGGAGAUAGUCAUUGCCAUGGUCCUGCAGCUUGUUGUGCUGCGGAUCUUCCCAGGUGCUUACGAUCUUGUUGGGGGAGCCGUUAUUUUGGUUAGUGUUUUUUUCCUUGCAUGUUAUAAACUGUCCUGGAAGAAUAUAGGAAGGCAAGAUUAUCAGGAGAUUGUGGAUUCUUCCAUUAAAUGAAUUGUGUUUUUUCCAUCCAGUUCUGGCUCCGUGACCACGUGAAAGUAACUCCUUUUAACUCUGUUGUGUUCUAGUGUAGUGGCCAGGUCCUCCCUCUACUGUUUAAAUUCACAGCUGAUGUAGCAGUGUUGGUAUUUCCAGACUUCCAUGACAGGUGAAUUGGUUCUAGUGCAUACAACCAUGGACAUUUUGUCAUGUGAGAAAACAGUUUGUCUCCAGCACGUGGGUGCAGAAGCAGAAGCACAGACUGGCCCACAGAAGCGCAGCCUGAGCCAUAGGCAUGUUCUUCCUCACCUUCCCCAGAUAAGGCAAUACAGGAAUACAGAGACAGAGGGAUUCACUAGUGACUCCCAUUCCCGUGCGGUGUGGCAGCAGGAAAAUGAACAGUAAAACCAUUAAAAUGGUCAACCAGAGUAUUCAUUUCCUCUGUAACACUUCUUAUGCUUUGGCUGUAAUAUUCUAAAUGAAGUAAUGCUUGUAUUUCUGUGGUUAAAACGUGCAUUUCCUGUGUGUAUAAAGAAUAAGUCAGUAAAGCUUUUUGUGCUUUGUGGUUAAA